AUGCCGAUCACCUCGGACGACCAACGCAUCCGGCUGGUCAGGACGGCCUUCGUGACGUACUACCACCGCGACGUGCACAAGGCGUCCAAGUUCCUGCUCGACUUUGGAUUUGAGAUCGCGGAGCAGCGCGGCGACGAGGUCAUCUUCUUCAAGGGCUACGGACCGGACCCGUACUGCUACGUGGCACGGCGCGCCGACGACGAGAAGGGGCCCCGAUUCGGCGGCGCCGCGUACCUGGUCGAGUCGGAGGCGGAGCUCGAACGGGCAACCAAAACCAUCCCGGGCGCGUCGGCGAUCAGCAAGUUAGACGCGCCUGGGGGAGGGAGCAUCGUCACGCUGAAGGACCCGGUCGGACACCUGGUGCACCUGGUUCACGGGAUCCGCGAGGAGAAACCCAGCGAAAGACCCGCGGAGGACAAGAACCUGCAGAAGCUGGUGGUCAACUACGAGGACGAGAAGCGGCGGGUGGGCAAGUUCCAGCGGUUCCAGAGGGGGCGGCCGGCGCCCGUGCACAAAUGGGGCCACUACGGCGUCAGCUACCCGCCGGGCAUGUACCAGGACAUGGUGGACUGGUACACGGGCCACCUGGCGCUGGCGUUCAGCGACAAAGUGACCAUCGGCGGCAACGAGGCCGUCUCCUUCUUCCACAUCGACCGCGGCCUCGAGUACACGGACCACCACUCGUUCUACAUCAAGCCGACGCGGAGUCCCGACGAGAAGCCCGAUGUCGCCCACAGCGCCUUCGAGGUGCACGACUACGACAUCCAGCAGCUGGGCCACAAUUACCUCGAGUCCAAGGGCUAUAAGCUGUCGUGGGGGGUCGGCAGGCACGUCCUGGGCAGUCAGAUCUUUGACUAUUGGUACGACGAGUCCGGCUUCGAGCUGGAGCAUUAUGCAGAUGGAGACCUGGUCAACUGCGAGACCGAGGUCACGGUCCAGGAGAAUGGGCCGCAUACCAUGUAUGUCUGGGGACCGCCGAGGCCGGCGGCACGAGGAUGA